CGACAAUCUUAGCCAUGGUCUCUCUGAUUUCAAUCUAAUUUUGAAUAAAUGCAACUUGUUAUUUUUCUUUUUCCCAACUCAACAAUGAGAUUUAUAAAGAGACAAACAAAUUUUGUCGGCUCAUACUUUAACAAGGGUGUCAAUUUUGAGGGUUAGUUCUCAUAUCUGCAAUCAUAUUCCACAAUGUAUCUCUUCACUUACCAUAAAUAAAAUGACAUAAGUUUAUUUCCCAAAAAAUAUAUAAGUGAUUGAAUUGGAUAUUUUUUCCUUCAAAAUUAAUCAGGUUCAAUCCAUGAAUCGAGAUGAGUUGUGAUUUAAAAUUAACUUUAGUGGUAUUAAAAUAAUUUUAUUUAUAAAAAAAUUAUUACAAUAAAAUGCAAGGAGGAUGAAAAUCUCGCGGGGAGCUGUAUAUAUUUCAUCAUCAUCAACGUCGUAUCUGUCACCUGCGUCUGUUUUCCCUUUCUCAUCUCUUCUCUUCGCUACACAACCAAAGCUUGCUACUUUCAACUUCUUCUGAAUCCAAGCACCCUUUUUCUUUCCAACACAAACUCUCUCUCUCUCUCUCUCUCUCUCUGUGCUUUGUUUUGGGUUUCCUCUGAUCAUGGGUCGUCCACCGAGUAAUGGGGGCCCAGCCUUUCGCUUCACUCAGCCUGAGGUAGCAGAGAUGGAAGCUAUUCUUCAAGAACAUAACAAUGCAAUGCCAUCACGUGAUGUUCUUACAACUCUUGCAGAGAAGUUCAGUGAAUCACAAGAUCGUAAAGGCAAGAUUGCAGUGCAGAUGAAGCAAGUUUGGAAUUGGUUUCAAAAUAAGCGGUAUGCGAUAAGAGCAAAAUCAAGUAAGACUCCUGGGAAGUUAAAUAUUACACCUAUGCCUCGGGAUGAUUACAAUUCAACCCCAAUAAGGAGUAUGCCUCAACAACCAACAGCUGCUCCAAUUCCCGCUGCUUCUGCUACAGUUCCAACAGCAGUAAAAGCAACUCCAGAAAAUUCAGUUUUGGAAUUUGAAGCUAAAUCUGGAAGGGAUGGAGCAUGGUAUGAUGUGGCUACCUUUCUAUCACACAGAUAUUUAGAAACAAGUGAUCCGGAAGUGCUGGUACGAUUUGCUGGUUUUGGACCUGAGGAAGAUGAGUGGAUUAACAUUCGAAAGCAUGUCAGGCCACGCUCUUUGCCUUGUGAAUCAUCAGAAUGCGUUGUAGUCAUCCCUGGCGAUCUCAUACUUUGUUUUCAGGAAGGUAAGGAGCAAGCCCUUUACUUUGAUGCCCAUGUCCUUGAUGCUCAAAGACGAAGGCAUGAUGUACGAGGCUGCCGUUGUAGAUUUCUGGUUCGUUAUGAUCAUGAUCAGUCAGAGGAAAUCGUGCCGCUUAGGAAGAUUUGUCGCCGGCCCGAAACCGAUUAUCGAUUACAGCAACUUCAUGCUGUGAAUGAGGCAGCACCUAUGGAUCAGCAGAAAACUGGGAUGGAUCCAGCAGCAAAUGUUAAUGCCGUAAGGGCUACUACUACUGAAACAGCAGCAAAUGUUAAUGCCGUAAGGGCCACUACUACUGAAACAGUGCCGAAGCAGCUGAUUGCAGCAAACAUUCAUAUGGAGACAGUUCCAGUUGUGCAAACAAAUGUUCCUCAACCUCCACAAAGUAUGGAUAUGGGUGUGGAUCAAAAGAAAGCUGAAACAAAUACUGAUGUUCAAGCAGGAAAUUCCAUCAUCACCCCAGGCAGUGUCCUUACUAACAUCAUUACUACAAGCGGUGUUCCUAAAGUCUCUAGUCAGACUCAGAACAUGGUUGAAUGAAAAUAGCUGUUUCAUUUUUCCAAACUUGAUUAGACUUGAGUACAUUCUUUUGUUUUUUAGAACUAUUAGCUAUCUGGUGUAGUUUAUCUUCAGCAAACAAUGCUUAUAAGUGACUUUCUCUAGCUAUUUUAUUUGAACCGUAGAAAUUAAAAGAAAAAUGAGAUCAUACAAUUAUCGAGCAUAUAGCGGGGCAUUUUUUUUUUCUU